CAUGACCAUAAUUAUCUCUCUCGAGUCAACCCCUCUCGGACAGAGAGACCCCGAGCGUGACCCAACAUGUUCAAAGAGCAAAUGGCAGAAGGAGAUCGACUCCAGCUUCCUGCUUCCCCCACACAGUCUAGACUCCACUCCUCCGCUCCUCCGCUCGCCCUCUCCAAUAGAUGCCUCCGAUCAUUAUCACGGCCUUCGUUGCGGACAGCAAGCAGCAGCUCGGAGAAUGUCCGACUGCUUUAGAUACAUACAUCUUUCAGACAAAUGUUUCUCUAUAAGCCUGGCAGUCUCAGUCUCGCUGGCCAGUUCACGACCCUCAUUUUCUAUCGUUUGUUGACUUGACUCAACCUCCACAAUGUCUCUGGCUCAAUCACAGUACGUAAUCCAGCUCCCGAAGACGCCCUCGAUCAUUGGCGCGCUGGACCCUCGAGGCAUUGUGCAGCGAUGGCUCACCAACCUGGAAGCAGUCCUAACCACAGGCACCUUUCACCAGCUCUCAGUCCUCCUUCAUGAAGAUUCCUGGUGGAGAGACUUGCUGGCAGUGAACUGGGACUUGCGCACGAUACAAAAUCGCGAUCAGAUACAAGACUUCCUGGCUCAAAAUCAGUCCCGUGCGGGCUUGUCGGCGUUCCGCAUACAACACGAGGGCAAGUUCCAGCCAAAACUGGAAUCUCCAAUAGAGGGCCUGAAAUGGAUUACCUCGAUGUUCUUCUUUGACACGCGCGUGGGUCAUGGAACGGGUGUAAUUCGACUCAUGCAGAACGAAGCCGGCGAAUGGAAGGCCUACUCGGUGUGUACCACGCUACAGGAAUUGAAGUCCUUUGAAGAACCCUUGGGUCUUCGUAGAGCACACGGAACCAUUGAGGCCAUGCCUGGUGGUCUCAGCCAGGGAAACUGGCUUGAACGCCGACAAAGGACGAUCAAGUUCGAGCAUGAGGAGCCUACUGCCCUCAUAAUCGGUGCUGGUCAAUCGGGUCUCAACAUCGCUGCUCGUCUUCAGUCUUUGAAUGUAUCUCAUCUCAUCGUCGAUCGGAACGAGCGGAUCGGCGAUAAUUGGAGAAAGCGAUACAGGACUCUCGUUACCCACGACCCAGUCGAGUUCACUCACAUGGCGUAUCUCCCCUUCCCCAAGAACUGGCCUCAGUAUACCCCAAAGGACAAACUUGCCGACUGGUUUGAAGCAUACGCCAGCAUCAUGGAACUCAACGUCUGGCUGCAGACCUCCAUCAAGUCCGCCACCUACGAUGACACCAGCCGACAAUGGACCGUAGUGGUGUCCCGAGGUAGCGGAGAGGAACGAACUCUCCAUCCGCGGCAUCUAAUCUGGUGCACCGGCCACUCAGGCGAGCCUCUGGUUCCGACCUUCAAAGGCCAAGAGCACUUCAAGGGCGUUGUCUACCACGCCAGCCAGCACGACGACGCAUCCUCGCACAACGUCAAGGGCAAGAAGGUAGUCGUCGUCGGCACCGGCAACAGCGGCCACGACAUCGCGCAGAAUUAUUUCGAGAACGGAGCGGAGGUGGCCAUGCUCCAACGCCGCGGCACGUACGUGAUCACCGCCGAGAAAGGCGUACUAAUGAUGCAUGAAGGCCUCCACGAAGAGAACGGUCCCCCCACCGAAGAAGCCGACCUCAUCGCCGAAAGCCUCCCCUACCCCGUUCGCUUCGCCCUAGGCGUCCACUUCACGCAACGCGUCGCAGCCGCAGAACACGACCUCCUCGCCGGCCUCGAACGAGCCGGCUUCGCGCUGGACUCCGGCAUAGACGGCGCCGGCAUUUUGCGCGCCUACAUGACCCGUGGCGGGGGGUACUACAUCGACGUCGGCUGCAGCCCGCUCAUCGCCGCCGGCAAGAUCGCCGUCCACCGCAGCCCCAACGGCAUCUCCCACUUCACGGACCGGGGUAUCGCGCUCCGGGAUGGUGGUAGCACCAAUACCACCACCACCAUGACGCUCGACGCCGACAUCGUGGUCUUAGCCACCGGCUACGACAAUAUGCGCACGACCGUCCGGAAGAUCCUGGGCGAUCGCGUGGCGGAUAAGCUCCGCGAUGUGUGGGACUUGGAUGAGGAAGGGGAGAUUAAUGCUAUGUGGCGUCCCAGCGGUCACCCGGGAUUCUGGUACAUGGGCGGAAAUCUGGCGCUGUGUCGCAUUUACUCCAAGUUUCUGGCGUUGCAGAUCAAGGCUGUGGAGGCGGGGCUGGUCGAUGGGUUGCAGGCGCAGCAGCAAUCUAAGCUGUAGCUGUCGCGGUAUGUGCAUUGGGAAGUAGUAUAGAAUAGAGGUAGAGAUCUGGAUGUGGCAUGGUUGGGAGCUACUUUAGUUCAGCCCUUCUGUGCGCCAUGUUCAAAGAUAGUAAGUAGUUAUUCUGGGCCUCUCCUCAAGCCGAGAUCUAAAGAGCCAGGACUCAUUGAACUUCCAGAGGGAAGAUAGAUCAAAUGCGAU